UGAUAUGUUAAUUUUCAGUGAAAUUGCUUUAGUUCCAGGCUAGUAAACGAGUCCUUUGUUGAAAAGAUUAAACUCUUUUAACUUCUUUAGUCUUUCUCUCGUUGACAUCCUUUCUAUCUAUGUUUCCAAGAGACGUGCUCUGUUUUUUUCAGUCAAGUUUCAUCUCGUCUUUCUAUGAAGAGAUUGAUUUGUAUCUUGUCUACUGUUUGUUUGUUAAAUUUUGGGCCUUGAACUUCUAGAAAAUAACAUCAACCUGCCUCACGUUCUGUUCUUUGUUGGAUGUUUCUUGCACCAGAAAUGGAAUACUUCAAAGCCCCUUUCAAGGGUGUUGCAAAUGAUGUGCGAGGAAGAGCAGCUUGCUACAAACAAGAUUGGAUUGGUGGUCUUCGUUCAGGGAUAUUGGCCCCAACUACCUACAUCUUCUUUGCUUCUGCUUUACCUGUUAUCGCUUUUGGUGAGCAACUGAGUAGAGAUACAGAUGGAAGCUUAAGCACAGUAGAAACUUUGGCAUCUACUGCCCUUUGUGGUAUUAUACACUCAGUAUUUGGUGGCCAACCUCUUUUGAUAUUGGGAGUUGCAGAGCCAACAGUUAUUAUGUAUACCUAUUUGUACAACUUUGCCAAAGGAAGAAAAGACUUGGGGCAGGAACUUUACUUGGCUUGGGCUGGAUGGGUUUGUGUUUGGACUGCUCUCUUGUUGUUUCUUCUUGCAAUCUUCAAUGCUUGCACAGUAAUUAAUAGGUUCACAAGGAUUGCAGGCGAACUUUUUGGCAUGUUGAUUACUGUGCUGUUUAUUCAAGAGGCUAUCAAGGGAGUAGUGAGUGAGUUUGCAAUUCCCGAAGCUCAAGAUCCAAAGUUAGAGAAGUAUCAAUUUCAAUGGCUUUACACAAAUGGACUACUGGGAAUCAUCUUCACGUUUGGCCUUCUCUAUACCGCUUUGAAAAGCAGAAGGGCCAGGUCAUGGUGGUAUUUCACAGGGUGGUUAAGAAGUUUCAUAGCAGAUUACGGGGUACCUUUAAUGGUUGUACUGUGGACAGCAAUGUCUUUUACUAUACCAAGGAAAGUGCCAUCUGGGGUUCCCAGAAGGCUUUUUAGUCCUCUUCCUUGGGAAUCUGUAUCAUUAGAACAUUGGACUGUAAUCAAGGAUAUGGGAAAGAUCCCUCCAUUGUACAUCUUUGCUGCCUUUAUUCCAGCUGUGAUGAUUGCAGGACUUUACUUUUUCGACCACAGUGUUGCUUCACAGAUGGCACAACAGAAGGAAUUCAAUCUUAAGAAACCUUCUGCCUAUCAUUACGACAUCUUGCUGCUAGGAUUCAUGACUUUGCUUUGUGGAUUAAUUGGCCUCCCUCCUUCAAAUGGAGUCCUACCACAGGCUCCUAUGCACACCAAGAGCCUUGCAGUUCUCAAAGGACAGCUAAUCAGAAGAAAAAUGGUGGAGACUGCAAAAGAAAGCCUAAAGCAGAAAGCUAGCAACUCUGAAAUAUAUGGCAAGAUGCAAGCUGCCUUCAUUGAAAUAGACAGCAGUCCAGAAACUACAGUAGUUAAAGAGCUGGAAGACUUGAAGAAGGUUGUUGUGAAAGGAGAUAACGAAGGAGAAAAUGAGAAGGAAAGAUUUGAUCCUGAAAAGCAUAUUGAUGCCUACUUGCCUGUCCGAGUUAAUGAGCAGAGAGUGAGUAAUCUUUUGCAGUCACUCCUAGUUGCUGCAUCAGUAUGCGCUAUGCCUGCAAUCAAGUUGAUACCUACAUCAGUUCUUUGGGGAUAUUUCGCUUACAUGGCCAUCGAUAGUCUACCUGGAAACCAGUUCUGGGAAAGGAUGCUACUUCUCUUCAUUACACCUGGCAGGCGAUACAUGGUCUUGGAAGGGGUUCAUGCUUCUUUUCUGGAGUCAGUGCCAUACAGAUAUAUUGUGAUGUUCACGCUGUUCCAGUUCAUGUAUUUACUUCUAUGCUUUGGUGUGACUUGGAUUCCUAUAGCUGGAAUCUUGUUCCCUUUGCCCUUCUUCCUUCUCAUCAGCAUAAGACAAUACAUUCUCCCAAAGCUCAUUCAGCCAAAUUAUCUCCGGGAACUUGAUGCAGCCGAAUACGAGGAAAUUACUGGUGCGCCACCAAGAUUAUCCCUCAACCUCUCUUUCAAGGAAAAUAAGACACCUUGUCCUGGCAAUGGGGAGGAUGGAGUUGAAAUGUUGGAUGCUGAGUUACUAGAUGAGUUGACAACCAGUAGGGGAGAGUUGAAGGUCAGAACUGUUAGCUUCAGUGAGGACAGGAAGGGUCAGGUAGGAUGUUAAUUAGUUCUCUUCAAUGAAUUUUUAUCUUGCAUGAUCUUCCUGUGAAUUUAUGAAGAUAAUCAACAUUUUUUUUAUAUUUUUGUAUUUUCCAGGUUUAUCCAGAGGAUGUUCAGAGAGAAUGAGAUGACAUUAGAUAGGCU